AAUCAGAUCAACUGCGGGCAUCCUCCGAGAACUGGACCACGGAACGCGCGCUCUCACAGGGACAGACUCUAAAGACUGACUUAGGCCUGUUCUUUUUUAUAUAUACAUAAUAUAUAAAUAUAUAUAUUUCUGCAAAGCAUUGGACAAUUACUAUAACAUAAUGAAGGAAAGGAGAAAUAACCAGCCGUUGGUGGUGAGAUGUAAACUGGUUCUUGUGGGAGAUGUUCAAUGCGGAAAAACGGCGAUGUUGCAAGUCCUGGCCAAGGACUGCUACCCAGAGACCUACGUGCCCACGGUGUUCGAAAACUACACAGCCUGUCUGGAGCUGGAGGAGCAGCGCGUGGAGCUCAGUCUGUGGGACACGUCAGGUUCCCCGUACUACGACAACGUGAGGCCCCUCUGCUACAGUGACUCCGACGCCGUGCUGCUCUGCUUUGACAUCAGCCGCCCAGACACUGUCGACAGCGGUUUGAAGAAGUGGAAGACCGAGAUCCUGGACUUCUGCCCCAGCACACGCAUCCUUCUCAUUGGCUGCAAGACCGACCUGCGUACAGACGUGUGCACGCUGAUGGAGCUGUCCAAUCAGAAGCAGACCCCCAUCACUCACGAGCAGGGCUCGGCCAUGGCCAAGCAGCUGGGUGCGGAGGCCUACCUGGAGUGCUCCGCCUUCACCUCGGAGAAGAGCAUCCACAGCGUGUUCCGCACGGCGGCGCUGGCCUGCAUCAACAAGCUGCAGCCCCUGCCCAAGUCCAGCCCCACCCGACGCCUCUCCAAGAGACUGCUCCACCUCCCCAGCAAGUCCGACCUGCUCACCUCCAACUUCAAGAAGGAGAAGGCCAAGAGCUGCUCCGUCAUGUGAGGGGCUGGGGGGAGAGACCCUCGCGGUUGUCCUCUCCCUGCUUCCGGCCCCUUCUUCCCCCCCUCCCCCCCGCCUCUCUCGCCUCUUUGGGUCUAGGGGAUGUCGGGCUGGGCGGGGGGGCUGGGGAAGAGGGGGGGGGAGCGAUGGCUUCACCGGGGAAACACGGCUCCCUGCUGAAACCUCCCCUCCCCCGCCCCCCCCCCCUCCCGGGAAGCGACCGACAUCUUAGCAGUGAUGGACGCGCCGCCGCGGUCCACCGCUCUGAACUGUCCAGCUGUGCACAUCCAUCGUUUCUUUUCCCCUCUACUCUUAUCUUGCUUUUGAUAUUGACAUCAAUCAAGGUUGGACAUCCUCAAGCUAUGAUUUUCUUUUAUUUAUUUACUUUUUUUUUUAUCAACCGUAAGCGGUACACAGCCACGUGGGCGUGGCCUCGAUACGGUUCCGCUAUCUCCAGGCCCCAGCUUUUGGGAAACGUGCGGCGCGCGAUGUUAAAUCUUGUGACGUAAAAGAAAAAAAAAAACGUAGAAUAAUAAUGCAUCGCUCUCUGACCAGCUAAGAAUUAUCCUCUCCAAACACUAUAAAACAAGUCUAGCAUGAACACCGGGCAUUUGAAAAAUCAUUAGUAUCCUCCGAACCGUGCCCCUAUGUGCUGAGAUGGGGCGUAGAUCACCUGUGUUCCGGAAAUAGCUCUGCAAUGACACACACACACACACACACACACACACACACAUGGGUCGGUGAUGAGGAGGAGGAGGAGGGGGAAGGGUGAGGGGGUGAUUAUGGGAUGUUUCCCAGGGAGGGAGCUAUUAGAUAAAGAGCUAUUCCAUGUCUCAUUGUCUGCGUGAUGGGAGCAGGGAUAUGAGGAUGAGUGCUAUUAUGGUGGGCUGACGGGUACCCCACACACGUCCUGUAGACGAGACGUGACCCCGGACGGAUGACUGGGGCACUGGGGCGCUGGGUGGCUCCAGAGAGACCUGCCGACCACCACCUCCUGGGGGAGGAGCGGGGGGGUAAAUAGCCACGUUGAAUAUGGUUGAUAUGUAUCGGAUGAUUAAAGAGAAAGACACGCGCUCAAAGUAACCGGAUCGUUUUGUUUCUUUGUGUUGGGGGCUUGAGAAAGGAGGAGGAAGCUAGCUUGCUUGCUAGGUACCUUGCAAGCUUGACUUUUUAAAUAGCAUGCGCUAGGGAAGAGGGACAAAGUGGGUUUUAGAGUUGAGGAGGAUUAAUGCUUUUGUUGUUGGUUUAUUUUGCCGAAUGGGAAAGAGGUGUUCGAAGCCAAGCUGUCCCUUGUUGUCAUUAACUUUCCCAGUCUUAGUCCUAUGAGACCUCUAAAAAAGUAUAGGUCCAAGGUACGACUCUUAAACCAGACCGAUGUCAAACAAUGAUUAAAAUCUGCUUCCCAGUUUAACACAUUUCAAACAAAAAGGACUUGUAGCAUUGUGCUGUUGGUACUUUGACCCAUCAACAGUGCUCCAGUUGUAUGCAGUUUUAAAAAAAGAUGCCUUUCACAUCUUGUGUUAUGAUACUCAUUCAGAUGUUUUGACAAAUAUGCCUGUGGAUUUCUUAUAUUUUUUUCUUUCUUUUUUUAACAAUCCAAUGUAGCACUCCAGACCCCUCUUCCAAGAGGGGUCCUUUAAAUGAGUCGAUCAAUCGAUAGCGAGUUCAUCGAUCCGACGUCCAUGAGCAGCACUAUGGGUGACCCGGAAGGAAGUCUGAACCCAUUUACGAUCUUAAAUCUUGAGCUUCAUGGUUGCAUACGUGCGUGUGUGUGGCAUUGAUCCCUAUGCUUCUAACCAUAAAGCAAUAAACGAUUUAAGUGCUUGUGAUGCAAAGUAACCCGUGCGGCAAUAACGAUGCAGCUUUGUGAUAACCUCAUCACGCGACAGCGCUGAAACAACGACGACCCCAUCACCACACACCCAUCUCCGCUGUACAAAGAAGCUGCUAAUCUGUGUUUGCCUCGUUCUCUUCUUCCUGUUAGUAGCCGCUGGUGAGUAGAGUCAACCAAGACCAUGUUAUGUGCCAUGAAAUAGAUCUGACUUUGUGAGUACUGGUGAACAAUGUGACUUGAUUUGAAGAUGCUAGAAUUUGCUGUUCUUUUUACUUAAUCAUGAUUAAGAAGGUGUUGAGGCGUCAAUUAGACCCGGAUUAGGUUUUUUCUGUUUUGUUUUGUGGUCUGGAUGGCUCGAAGGCCAUGAUAACGGCAGAUGGCUCCUUGGAUUAGGACCUUACUUUGGAGACUGUUGUCAGAAGUCUAACAAUCAACGUGCGAAAAGGGCUAGUGAGAAAGGGAGCAAGGAAAUCUUGGGGGGUCACAGUAGAACAAGAAAUCAACAAAAAUGCACAGGCUGGCCCUGUCAAAAGAAAGCUAUUUUUCCAUUGUUCGUUUCUCGGUUUACUUUUGUUUAUACUGUUGUAUUUAAAAAAAAAAAGAAAGAAAAAGAAGCUUGACAUGAGUCCAG